CUCUCUCACACUGUGUUUUGACAUUCGAAUCGAGUGAUGUUAUGUAUUAAAUUCAGUCGUACUCGGCAUUUUCAACGUUGUAGUCCGUAAAUUGUAUUGCUCCCUUGAUUCUAUCCACAUAAUAGAAGUGAAAAUCAAGUAAAAAUCAUUGAAGGAAGUGAAUCUUACACUGAGACAUUCUUUGUACCGCGAAUCGAACUUGGACUUGUACAUUUUGAACGAUAAAGUAGCGCUGAUUGUACAUUGAACAUUGAACGCUGAACACACACCUAUCUUUGUUUUUUGAGAAAACGUUUUCAGUGAAUAAACAUUCGCGAAGCAGAAAAGAGUUGAAGCUAUCGGUUUCUUUUUUUUUUGCAUUAAAUUAAACCGAACAUGGAAUUGUAGACCGGUCUGAUUCCAUUCGUUCAUCAACAGUAAUUUUUUUUUUAAUUUAAAUCCGCUUACCAUCCAAAGUGCUUUCUGUUCAAUUUAAUCAUUUUGUCAUCAUUACAUUCAAUUGAAUUCAAUUAAAAUUUUGUGUUCGAAAAAGGAACAAUGUUUUCAACAAUUGCCAAAUCUGCGUCGUUCACGAGCGGAGUGGUUCGAAAUUUAAUCCGAGCUGAGAAUCACUUUGUUCGGUCAAUAUCCACCAGCAACGAGGUGAAGAAUUCCGAUAUACUAACGAAAAAUGAAAAGGUUGAAGACGUUGCGGCCGCUAAGGACACAAAGAAAUUGAAGAAAAGGUCACUGUCCACCGUGAAUCAUUCAGUGCCAUUGGCAGCCAAUUUUACCGCUGUAUCCAAGAGUGAAAGUCGUGAAUUUAUGUCUGUUUUUCCAGAUCUGGUCCGAGAUUUAACGGAUAAAACAAAGAAAUAUGAUCGAUCGGAUGCAUCGAAUUGGUUCGCUAAGGCACUGCAGUAUAAUGUACCUAGAGGAAAAAAAAACCGCGGUCUGGUUACCGUUAUGGCUUAUAAAAUUCUAGUCGAUCAGGAUCAAUUGACGCCUGAUAAUCUACGUAAAGCUCAAUAUUUGGGAUGGUGUGUUGAAAUGUUACAAUCAGUAUUUCUCAUUACUGAUGACAUCAUGGAUGGCAGUUUAACUCGACGCGGCCAACCAUGCUGGUACAAAAACGAUGGUGUUGGAAUGAUAGCCAUCAACGACGGUUUGAUGAUUGAAAAUGCCGUCUAUUACAUCUUGAAGAAGAAUUUCGAGAACACCGACUACUACAUCAGAUUGGUCGAGUUAUUCCACGAGACGAUGAUGAUCACGACCAUCGGCCAAUCGUUAGAUGUACAAACUGCUACAAAAGAUAUUACAUCAUUCACCAUGGACCGGUACAAGUCCAUCGUUGAACAUAAGACUGCAUUUUAUACAUUUUAUUUGCCAGUUGCGUUGGCUAUGCAUAUGGCUGGGUAUACAGAUCCAGAAGUUUUCCGUCAAGUAAAAACCAUUCUGUUGGAGAUGGGAUACUUCUUCCAAGUUCAAGACGACUUUUUGGAUUGCUUUGGAAAUCCCGAGAUUACUGGCAAAGUCGGUACUGAUAUUCAGGAGAAUAAAUGUACCUGGUUGUCGGUGCUGUGCAUGCAACGUGCCUCACGCGAACAGAAACAAAUCAUGAAAGAGUGUUAUGGACAAAAAGAUCCUGAGAAGGUGAAACAGGUGAUGGAAGUAUACGAAGAACUGGGAUUGCCGCAUACCUACUCAUUGUAUGAAGAAGAGUCAUACAAUCUCAUCAAAACGCACAUUCAACAAACAUCGCGAGGCGUUCCACACAAACUAUUCUUCAAAAUUCUGGACAAGAUCUAUCGACGAGAAAGUUAGACAUUUUCCGUCAAUCGCUCAACAGAGAUGUUCGUUCAAUCUUCUACUGUUAUUAUUAUCAAUCAGCCAAAAUAUUGUUAAGAGUAUUACCCUUAAUGCGGCAUGUUAAGUUACGUACGUACAGAAAAUACCCCUAUUCGAUGUAGAUUAUAAAUCAAUAAAAAAUUUAAAAUU